AGAAAUGCUAGAAAACAUUGAAUUGGAUGCUGAAACAAAAGCCGGCCUUAAAGCAGCUGAUAAUUAUUACUGCUGCUUUCUAAAUGAGGCGGUGAAACUACAGGAUUUUAAAGAAAAUACAGAUGAACGUAGACUAAAAACUAUACCUCAGUUUUUUAAAGAAUGUUGCCAAAAAUACAAAGAUUUACCGGCUUUGGCCUAUGAAACUGCGGCAGAGGACUCCAACUAUAGCAAAUGGUCUACCAUUAGUUAUGCUGAGUAUGAGCAGAAGGUUGAACAGGCUGCUUUGCUUUUGCUACAUCUGGGUGUUCAACCUCGCUCUACCGUGGCCAUAUUGGCAUUUAAUUGUCCCGAAUGGUUUUAUGUGGAAUUGGGUGCUAUACGUAUUGGAGCUGUGGUGGCUGGUAUUUAUACCAGCAAUUCAGCAGAGGCUGUUUGUCAUGUCUUGGAAACAUCAGAGGCCUCCGUGUGUUUAGUGGAUGAUGCUCAACAAAUGUCCAAAGUUCGUGGAAUUAAAUCGCGUUUGCAGCAUUUGAAUGCCGUUGUUCAAUUACAUGGUCCUUUUGAAGAGUUUGUUGGCACUGAGCAGGGCUAUUACCGCUGGAAGGAUUUGUUUGAUAUGCAGUUUAGUUCAUCACUACGUGAAGAAAUAGUAUUACGCGAAAGUAAUGUGGUGGCCAAUGAAUGUGCCUUGUUAAUAUUUACUUCUGGCACCGUUGGCAUGCCCAAAGGCGUUAUGAUCUCACAUGAGAAUCUAUUAUACUGCGCUCAUGCCUUCGUUGCAUCGCUGCAUCUUAUCCAAGACACACAAGAAACAGCCGUCACCUAUUUGCCCUUAAAUCAUAUUGCCGCCCAAAUCUUUGAUAUAUUUAUAGCCAUAGAGAAUGGUUUUCUCAUGUACUUUGCUGAUCGUAAUGCUCUUAAAGGCUCCUUGGCUAAAACCUAUGGCAAAGCUAAUGCCACUAUACUGAUUGGUGUGCCACGCGUGUUUGAGAAGAUGCAAGAGAAAGUCAUACAAGUAGAAGCUAACUCUUCGCGAUUUUCAAAGUUUCUAAUGAAUACGGGCCGUAGCCUAAUGGCCAGUUAUCAUUUGGACAAAAUGGCAAAUAAAUCUGCUUCAGAACUUAAGUACUUUCUGGCUUCUAAAAUUGUUAACAAAAUCAAACUGGCCAUGGGUUUGGGUCAUGUGAAAUGGUGCUUUGUGGGUGGAGCACCCCUAACGGAGGAGACAAAGAAAUUCUUUUUGAGUUUAGACUUGCCUUUGCUAGAUGUUUUUGGCAUGUCAGAAACUGGAGGGCCUGUGACCUAUAAUUUGGAUAGACCAAAUCUGAAGACUGUGGGAAAACCCAUAAAAGGAGUGGAAAUUAAAAUCGAUAAUUCGAAGGAAAAUGGGGAAGGAGAGAUUUUGAUCAGAGGCCGCUGCAAUUUUAUGGGUUACCUAAAAGACACUGAGAAAACUUUGGAGACAUUGACUGCAGAUGGCUGGCUUAGAACUGGUGAUAUGGGUUAUGUGGAUGGUCAACAAAAUCUUUAUAUAAGUGGACGCUUAAAGGAAUUAAUUAUCACAGCAGGCGGAGAAAAUAUUCCCCCAGUUCAUAUAGAAGAGCUGAUUAAAGACGAAUUGCCUUGCGUUAGCAAUGCCGUGGUUAUUGGUGAUCACAAGAAAUUUCUAACAGUGUUAUUAACUUUAAAGACUGAUAUUAAUCCCGAAACUGGUUAUCCCAUGGAUAGCUUAAGACCUGAGGCAAUACAAUGGCUACAAUCUCUAGAUUUACAUUAUAUCCAUCUCUCAGAAGUACUCAAUAUCAAAAUGCCUGAGAAUUUGAAAAACUUUGAUCCCAAUACGGUGGAAAUCAAUUGUGAUCCUAAGGUAUGGAAGGCUUUGGAGGAAGGCAUUAAACGAUACAAUAAUCAUGCCAUUUCAAAUGCCCAAAAGAUACAAUAUUUUUCAGUUUUGCCACAUGAUUUUUCCAUACCCACUAAUGAAUUAGGUCCCACUUUAAAGAUUAAAAGAAAUGUUGUUCAUAAGAAAUAUAACAAAUUUAUAGAGAAAAUGUACGAGAAAUAAUUAUUUAAAUUUAUUGUUUUGUAUGUAAUUUAUAAGGUGUUCAAAAUAAAAGAAUUUUGCUUAUUUA